UGAGGGGAUUGUUUCUGUUGUUUGUUCUACUGUACCCUCAAAGGGUAUCAAACCAUCCAUGUGAGACCUUACCCUUUGGUCCAGUCUGAACCCGGGCAUUCAAUAUCGGGAGGCCUAGUAACAAGUAUCCUUUGAGCGGGAAAACAUGGCCGCGAAGCGGUAAAGAAGAGUGUCAACACGAUCUUAGCGGCUCUGCAUCGUGCUUGGUGACUUUCUCUAUAUCGAAAUACUCGUAUAUUUCAUCUGCUUCUGAUAUGGAUCCUUCAGAAGUGGAAUUUCUGGCCGAAAAGGAGAAGAUAUCUAUCCUAACGAACUUCUCAGAGAACAAGUUAUAUUUGAUAGGGGGGGACACAGGGCCACUGAAUGCAUCAUUGCCCACAGAGGUGCCUCUGUGGGUCGCAAUAUUUCUGAAACAGCGAAGGAAGUGCAGAAUCCAGCCUCCUGACUGGAUGGAUGUCGAAAAGUUGCAGGAACUUAAAGAAAAAGAGAAAGAUGCAGAGUACUUUACUAAAAUGCCAUCUAAACACUACAUGGAAAUUGCUUCUCUUCUUCUAAGCAGUGCUGCUGAUGACAUUCCACAUGCAGAUGAAGUGCGUACACUGAUUAAAGAUAUCUGGGACUUGAGGAUUGCUAAACUAAGAAAGUCUAUUGACAUCAUGGUCAGCCAACAGGAGGUUUACGCUAGGCUGGAUGACUUGUCUUUGAUGGAAAUUAACAUGAUACGCCCAUUCCUCACACAAGCACUUGAUCACAUGCACAACUUGAGGUGUCACGUUGUAGAGAAUCCAAGUAAUACGUGAAUAACAAGUCGUGAAUUGUGAAAGCUUGCAGCUGCUGGCACCUUAAUGGAGUACAACUGUUCACGUCACUAAUAAAUUUCAGUGACACUAGAACUUAAAAGCAAGAGACACUGUAACUACUUCUAGUAUCUUGUAAAGUAGUUUAAGGGUAUUAUUUUCUAAGUAAAUUUUUGCUACAUUAACAAGCAAGCAGAACAGUCUCUUAGUUUAUCAUUAACUUGGAUUUGAUAAGAUAAAUUCAAUGCAUCUGUGUUAGAGUAGAGCCUAAAACCUCCGUA